UGGUGAUAGUCUGCCAUGGAGAGAGAUGGGAGUAAUGUUACAUCAUCUCUCUAGGUGGUUGGUGCUGGCCUGGUGAUAGUCUGCCAUGGAGAGAGAUGGGAGUAAUGUUACAUCAUCUCUCUAGGUGGUUGGUGCUGGCCUGGUGAUAGUCUGCCAUGGAGAGAGAUGGGAGUAAUGUUACAUCAUCUCUCUAGGUGGUUGGAGCUGGCCUGGUGAUAGUCUGCCAUGGAGAGAGAUGGGAGUAAUGUUACAUCAUCUCUCUAGGUGGUUGGUGCUGGCCUGGUGAUAGUCUGCCAUGGAGAGAGAUGCAGUUGAUGGGGUUCUGCUGGACUGUCCCUGGGUACCAGUGUGUAUCAGUGGGUCUCAGCUCCUGGCCAAGACCUGGUUUGGGGACACAGCAUACCGCAUCCUGCUCACGGACCUGCACUCUGUGUGGGAGGAGGAGAUGGACACCAGGGCCAUCCAGGACAGAGCUCAGGAGCUGAACAGGCGAUUGCGGGCUCCCGUCCACGCCUUCUUCUCUCACAUGUGUGAGGUGGCUCUCCCCUGUCUGUCUGGACGGGUGGAGGACGGGGGUGCGCUUCAGUUCUCCCUCAACCACCACGGCGGUGACAUCAACCUGAAGUUGAAGAGUGAGCUGGCUGGGGUGCCUUUCUACUGGGAAUUCCGCUGCACCCCUGCCCCUGUGGCUUUGGUGUGCAGUCAGCUUGUGCGCCCCCUUCUGUUGAUGAGCAGGUUACUGCAGAGACAGGUGGGCCAACUGGGAGCUCUGCUGGCCAGAAAAGACACUGAGCUCCAAGACUACAGGGACAAUGGGGCAGUGCUGAGCAGAGAGCGAUUGCAGACAGAGUUGUUUGAGGAACAAAGCUACAGAGAGAACUUCCUGACACAGUUCUAA